CAGCACAUCAACAGUCGGCGAUGACGUCACAUAACAUGGCGACAUUCGUCGUUCGGCGCGUCUGUUCUCUUUGCAGCAGAGUGAAAGCGGUUCCUCCGCUCGGUAACCUGUGCAGAGAGAAGUUUAGAUUAGCCAGCAACAGACCGCCGGGGGCCUGCUAUGGGACGAGAGGCUCGGACUACACGCAGGACACGCAGGUGCACGUUCCUGUUGAGCGUCUGACCGUGUCCUACAGCAGAAGCAGUGGUCCUGGGGGUCAGCAUGUCAACAAAGUCAACACUAAAGCAGAAGUCCGAUUUCACGUGCACACUGCGGAGUGGAUCCCUGAAGAUGUCCGGCAGAAAAUUGUAGAAAAGAACAAAAGCCGCAUCAAUAAGGCCGGGGAGCUCCUGGUGACGUCGGAGGUGAGCAGGAGUCAGCAGAGAAACCUGUCGGACUGUCUGCAGAAGAUCUCUGCCAUCAUAGACGAGGCCAGCCAGAGACCCCGAGAACCAUCGGCUGCAGACAUAGCUCUACGAGCAGCCCGGCUGGAGAAGGGGAACAAAGAGCGACUCAAACAGAAGAAGAUCCUUUCAGCCGUCAAGAACAGCAGACGGGUGGAUUUUGACUGACCAGCGAGCGUCUUGCUCCACACGAAAAUGUGAUCUGCCC